GCGAUUUGAAUCGUGCACGUGCACCAUUCGCACAAGUAUAUCAUAAAUAAAAAGGAUUCUUCUUCCUUCUAAGUUCUAAAGUCGUGAGGCGAUUAUAUAAAGAAUAGUUUUUGUCAAUUGAAAUUGAACAAGUACAUACAAUGAGAGACAUCGACAAAUAUACUGAAGAAGCUGUAAGGCGCGAUCGUGAAAAUUUCGGGAUCAAUUUAGUUAAUUAUCGGCGUAGUGAUGUUGGUAACGGAAUAACAGAAAUAAAGUACAGUUUUGCUAUAAGUAAAAAAAUGUAUGGGUUGGCAACUAUAACAACUUUUGGAGUUGCUCUCAUGGGUACAAUUCCUGCUGAUAUAGUUUUGCGCAAUAAAGAUGAAACUCAUUAUUUUAAUACUACGACUGGCGAAUAUUUAGGUACAAGCCUAAAUGCAGCAAUAACAGCUAAAGCCAAUGCAGAAGCGAGAGCUAGAGCCGAUGCAGAAGCGAAAGCUAGAGCUGAUGCAGAAGCUAGAGCUAGAGCCGAUGCAGAAGCGAAAGCUAGAGCCGAUGCAGAAGCGAAAGCUAGAGCCGAUGCAGAAGCGAAAGCUAGAGCCGAUGCAGAAGCGAGAGCUAGAGCCGAUGCAGAAGCGAAAGCUAGAGCCGAAGCAGAAGCGAGAGCUAGAGCCGAUGCAGAAGCGAAAGCUAGAGCCGAUGCAGAAGCGAGAGCUAGAGCUGAUGCAGAAGCUAGAGCUAGAGCCGAUGCAGAAGCGAGAGCUAGAGCCGAUGCAGAAGCGAAAGCUAGAGCCGAUGCAGAAGCGAAAGCUAGAGCCGAUGCAGAAGCGAGAGCUAGAGCUGAUGCAGAAGCUAGAGCUAGAGCCGAUGCAGAAGCGAAAGCUAGAGCCGAUGCAGAAGCGAAAGCUAGAGCCGAUGCAGAAGCGAAAGCUAGAGCCGAUGCAGAAGCUAGAGCUAGAGCCGAUGCAGACGCGAAAGCUAGAUCCGAUGCAGAAGCUAGAGCUAGAGCCGAUGCAGAAGCGAGAGUUAGAGUCGAUGCAGAAGCGAAAUCUAGAGCCGAUGCAGAAGCGAAAUCUAGAGCCGAUGCAGAAGCGAUAGCUGAUGCAGAAGCGAUAGCUAAAGCCGAUGCAGAAGCCAAGGUUAUAAAUUUUAUAUCAGAAGGAUACAAUUUCGUACUUGAGUGCUUUGAACUCAUGAUAACAUCAGAAAGAACAGAUAUCGAGUUAACGUCACUUAAAGAGAAAUUAGAGCUUAUGAUGGACACAGAGUACGGAGAAGAUUCUGCCAUAGUCAAUCGAUUUCUUGUAGUAUCAUUAAGAAUUGCCAGAUUGAAAUUGAGAGAUCAAUUAAAUUCAAUUGUGGAAGAUAAAAAUGACCUGAGAGCUGCAAUUAUAAACCUGAUUGGGAGCGAAAUCGAGGUAUUACGAGCACUGAAUAUUACCGAUCCGAAGUUGCGCCAAGAAUUACAAUCAUUAGAGGAACAACUAAUGGAUGAUGAGGAUGACGAAGGGAAUGAUGUUGAUUUGGAAUCAAUCGCAGUUAGAGUAGAGGAAAUCGAGGAAGAAAUAGAGAAGGCAGCUUGUAGUACAAUAGUACAGUUGGAAUAUGGUAGGAAUUAAAAAGUGUUUGCAGAUUUGAAAUUGUGAGUUGAGUGCUUAGAGAAAAUGUUCUUUGUCAUAUAUGUCUUUAAGUGAUUCUACAUGCGGUUCAGCUUUUGAGUUUUCAACGUUUUUAAAAUGGCAAAGAUAUGUGAACUUGUCAUGGAAUACGCUCACCAGACGGACAUGAUACUUUUUUUUUUAAUUUGAUUUAAUUUGAUUAUUGAUCCGACUUCAUUUAGUCUUUUGAUGAAUAUUCGCACAAUUCAAUGUACACACACAUCGAGGCAAUAAGGUAAAAUAUCGCCGGUCAGAAAUUAGACAUUUUUAUAUGAAAAACGCGUGCGAAA